UUUCUAAUCUGUACCAUCACAGUUUACUCGAGAAGUUAUGGAUGAUUUCAAUUUGCUGUUAGAAUUGCCAUGUCCAGAUAAAAGAAUUGCAGAAAUAUUAUACGAAGUGUUGAUGAUCGACGCGGAACCUUCCCGGAGUACCGUGAAAAAGAAGUUUACAUUAGAAAACAACGUUAUAAAAGUGCGUUGUUCAAGUCCAAAUGUGAAAAAUUUACGUGUCGCCGUGAAUGGUUUGUUUGACAAUUUUUAUUUGGUUCUGCAAACGAUUGAUACUUUUGGGCCCGCAAACCCCACCUAUGAUUACUAUUUUGCUGAUUUAAUUGCUUCCAAGUGAUUCUUAGCAAUUCAAAAUGCCAGAACACACACCUGCCCCUACACCGAGCAGAGCGGUGUAUGGAUUUGCAUUAUAUUUAACAAUGAAAUCUUGUUUUUUUGCUUAUGUUGUAUGGUCUAUUGUACCUGAUGAUAUUCUCUUAUUGCUGAAUUUAUAUUAUCUCCCACAAAAAUAUUGGGCUAUUGCUGUUCCUGUUCAAGUACUUGUUGUAAUAUUUGUUUUUGCAUUUUUUAUAUAUCCCGGUAUGAAUUUAUGUUUGUCACCAAACUUUGAUGAUAAUUCAACUGUGACGGAUAAAGCUGCCAUAUUUCGUUGUUGCUAUCAAGAAGAUGGUUAUAAAUGUCACGAAAUCAUUAAAGAUGAUAAGUGGAUCACUGAAAAUCUUUGCUCUAAACAUAUGUUAGAAAAACCCAAAGAAAGUACAAAAGUCGUCACUAAUAAAAAAACAAAAAGAUAUUGUGAUUGUAUUAAUAAAUCCAAGUGUAUGGCUUUGAAUGAACCUAGUUUUAAAAAACCUGUUGAACCAGUGACUGAGAUACCAUUGUCGGAAGUAAACAAAAUUCUUUAUUUAUAAUUGUUAUAGAAGUAGUAAA